AUGAUGCACUUAUUUUUUAUUAUUAUCGCAGGCCUGUCUUCGUCCGUGUACUUGCAUAAGCAUCCUAUUCGUGGAGAUGUCGCCGUCGUCGUCGAGUCCUUAGUUUUCCUUGCACUCUACGCUGUCAUUGGCAUCCAGCAACGACAUGUCGGGUGGACAGGUUUUGCCCUCUCCUCAAAAUGUGUCAUGCUUCACGUCGGCUCCAUCAUCAUGUCCACCAUCGCGUACCGAACGUCCCCAUUUCAUCCGCUGUACAACUUUCCUGGACCGAUUUUGAACAAGGUGACCAGCCUUCGGCUGCUACACAUGGCAUAUUCGGGGCGUCGGCAUUUGAUCAUUGCCCGUCUGCAUGAAAAAUAUGGAAAUAUAGUUCGUACAGGUGCACACUCGUGUCGACACUCGCUAUCGAACUGCACUGCUGAUCCUAGUCUUCACUUUUUUCAAGGUCCUAACACCCUCUCAAUCAAUUCACAAGCCGCUAUUGCACCGAUAUACGCCACCGCUGCGGCAAUGGACCGGAGCAGUGCAUACAAAAUGGGAGAGCUGUCCGGCAGCAGCCUCUUCUUCUUUCAGGACAGAGAGAAACAUCAUGAGCGGCGCAGAAUCUGGGCACCGGCAUUCACAUCUCAAGCGAUCGAGAAGUACAUGCCGGGGAUCGAAAUACGCACACACCAGCUGAUGGAAUGCUUAGUUGCGCGACGAGAUUCUGCGGGUCAAAUAAAUAUCUCUCAAUGCUUCCAACACUGGGCCUACGACGUCAUGGGUGAUUUUACUUUUGGAGGUUCAAGCCGGUUGGAAUUGAUGGCCAACGGCGAUCCAAGAGAAUUAGUCAAGGCUGGUCAAUUGGCGAUGAUGGCUUAUGAAAUUCUGGGAGAAGUCCCUUCAUUGUUUCAGAUACUCUGGCAUCUCCCAACCACGAAUGAUAUACGGCGCCUCGAACGGCAUGCUGUGAAAUUGAUGCACACUCGCCGAAUCGUCGGUUCCACGGCAGGCGGACACGAGGACAUAGCAUCAUAUCUACUUGGUGAGAACGAGUCAAAUGUCUCGCGUUCCAGCCACCUACCAACGGAGGAUCUCGAGGCAGAAGCGUUAUUCGUGAUACAAGCAGGCUCGGACACUACUUCCGGAGUUCUGAGUUUCUUGUUCUACUUCUUGCUCUCGCACCAGACAGCUUUCGAUCGGCUGCAGAACGAAUUGGACGCAGCAUUCCCGGACGCCAGCAUGCCCUUGCAUAGCGAGACCUUGGAAAAUCUACCUUUCCUAAAUGCAGUUAUAGAUGAAUCUCUUCGCCUGGGCACACCCUUUCCCGGUUUGCCUCGUGUGAGUCCUCCGGGUGGGGCCAUCAUCGAUGGUGCCUACAUAGCAGAGGGGACCAUUGUCUCCGUUCCAACAUACGCCCAACAGAUAUCGGAGGAGAAUUUUUGGCCAGAGCCGUUGCAAUUCAAGCCCGAGAGAUGGCUCCCAGAGGGACUUGGACCUGGCUCACGCACGUGCAGGUCUGCGUUGAUGGCAUUUUCAUUCGGUCCUUUUGGAUGCCUGGGAAAAGCAUUGGCGGUACAGCAGCUCCGCCUCGUUACUGCAAGACUUAUCCUGACCUACCACCUCACCCUUCAUCCUUCUUUUGAUUCGGAAAACUUUUUGAAGGGUAUACGCAAUAUAAAGACAACCCUUUUUCCUUAUGCUCUCACGGUCAUGGCUUCUCCACGCGCACAAAAGUAG